AUGGCGGCGCUCCACGGCGGCUGCUCCGACUUUUCCGAAGACUUCUCCGGAGAGGAGUAUAUGCCAGCCCCCAAGCUGGGAAAGCAGACACAGCCGACCAACACCAACCCAGACACCGCACCAGUGACUAUAUCGGUCCUCACGCAGCUUCUUGCUGACCAUCAUAAAGAACUGCAUAAUGAUAUUGCGGCACUACGGGGCGACCUGAAGGGGCUAACAACUUGCUUAAACACACUAGAGAGUGCAACAGAAACUGUUACCCGAGACAUUUGGGAACUCAGACAAAACGUGCAAGAUCUCCAACGGAAACAAAAGCUACAUGAACACCGCAUGGCGGAGCAGGAAGAUGCCGGGAGACAGGAUAAUCUGAAAGUCAGAGGGAUCCCUGAAACGAUCCCGGACACAGAACUACCACAGGUGGUCAAGCGCCUCUUUGCAGUUAUAUUGUCACCCACACAGGCUAACAAGAUUGUCCUUGCCAACAUAUUCAGGAUCCCCAAAUCGCCAAAAGCGCCAACCGAAGCCACACGAGACACUAUACUUACCUUUCAAACCAGACAGGACAAAAUAGCAAUCCAAGCCGAAGGGGCUUGGAUUGCUAUUUUGUCCUGUCUGGUUUGA